AUGGACCCUUCUUCCGGCUUCACACCCAAAAAAGCUCUUGCUAGCUGGAACCACGCCGAACUUCUACAGAACUACCGCGAACUUUACGCAGAGUACGACAAAUACGCGACGCUCGUUGCGCAGUUCGACAGCCCCAAAUUACCCUUUGGACGAGAGCGCGCGCUUCACAACCUAGUCAAUGCACGAGCGAAGGUUGAGCAUGACAUCAAGAGACUUAAGAAGACGUAUCAAGAAGAGUGGAUGAAACUAGCGAAUCAGAAUCUCGAUGCGAAGCUCCGUGAGGCACUCGAACAAAGUCGAGACACACUGGCAGCUGUCUUGGACGAAGAAUGCCGCCCUCCACCUGACAAGCUCAUGAAAGAGAAGGCAGAGCUGCAGAACGAGAAGAGUAACCUGUUGUUGCAGUUGCGAGAGUUGUUGGCUGCUGGAGAGUAG